ACAGCUGGAUGCCUCGGAUACUCUGGAGUGUCUCGUGGCGGCGAUGCAACGAGACCGUCAGCGUGUGAGAGCUACGAGCCUCCCCCUCUCCAAUUCAAAGCAAAAAAAGGGCUAACGGGACCUCUGUAGCACGGAAAAGAAAAGACAGGAUUUGAUAUUGAAAUAAGGUUUCACAGUGUCCCGCGUGUGUGGAAUAGUUUUGAUAUAACGGUUACGUUACCAGAGUUGUGGAGGACAGGUCUGCAUACUCAGAGUAACCAACAAAAGAUAAAACUUGCUAGCUAAGACAGAAGGUAAAAGGACACAUCUGUCGUUGCCAGUGUCCCAUGUAGCCUACUAUCCUCCAUCUUCAAGAAAAUGAAUCUGUCGGUGACAAUGCAGAUGUCAUUCACACUCAGUUAAAUGUUAGUACUACUUGAGCAGAUAUUGCUUGGCUGGCCGAAGAGGAAAAAGAAGAAAGGGGCUGCUCAAGGUGCUGGAAGAUGUCUCUCUGGAUGGUACUGCCUGUUAGCCUCCCAGUUCUGACCAUCACUGGGAUAUGGGUUGUGUACGCAAUGGCCCUGUACAAUCAACAUGUCUGCCCUGUGGAUAACUGGUUGUACAACCAGUCAUGUGAAGAAGAUCUGUAUUUGCAGAGUGGGCCAACCUUGUGCUGCACGCUAGACAAUGUACCUCUCAUCAGUAAAUGUGGGACUCUUCCUCCUGAAAGCUGCUUUUUCAGCCUAAUCUGCAGCACAGGCUCAUUCAUGGUUAUGGUGAUUGUGCUGCUCCGCUAUGCCCACGUCAUUGAGAAGCACCAAAAUUGUGUUCUCAACACGGCGAGUCUCUCCACAGGCUGGAUCUGUGCUGCUGGACUUAUCAUGGUGGGCAACUUCCAGGUGGAUAAUGCCAAAGUUCUCCACUAUGUCGGAGCAGGCAUCGCCUUCCCCACUAGUAUGCUGUUUGUGUGCUUGCAGUCAGCACUGACUUACCGACUGGCCAAGACCCAGGGGGAGUACAACAUGGCCCACCUCCGGCUCUGCAUGACCCUACUGGCCUUCGGAGCCUUGGUGCUCAGUGGUGUGUUUUUCUGUCAGGAGAGCUUCGUCCUUCAACACGCAUCAGCAAUUUUCGAAUGGGUGUUCUGCGUCAUCAUCAUGCUGUUUUACGGGACAUUUGCCUUUGAAUUUGCCGGCAUGUCAUCAGAUACCAUGGUGGUGCUAGCUAGAGGGACCCUGGGACCUGCAGGGAGAGAACACAAGGUGGACACACUGGGAUCGCUGGGAGGGCCCAUUCCACACCAACCUGAAAACAUGUCCAUCCUGUAGCCUGCUGUCACAUCUUGAUGCCACACAGCUGGCUUGUUUAUUCCUUUCAAACUCUGGUUGUGGAUUUAGUUUACUUAUAUAUUUCCAGCCACAUUCGUCUGAAGCUUUGAAACAAGCCAGGCCAGUGCAGUCGCCACUCAUGGAAGAGUGAAUUCUACUAUUUGAGCCCCAGGGUGUAGACCCGCUGCGACAGUAGAGAGCUUAGCUUGUAUUGUGCUCACAUCAGAGCUCAGUGUCUCUCAAUAACUUUGUUUGUAUUUUAUACAUUGCACAGGUGAGAAACCAAACAGCUCAGUCAUGUGACCAGCAGAGGAGUAGUUUGUCACUCAGAUCAAGAAAAUGUACAGUUACCCCUUAGAUGCUGUAACCUGUUUAAAUAAGUGGCCUUGGACCAUUUACACUUCAGAUGACACUUAAGGCUUUCAUUGUACAAAAAGGAGUGAGGGCUGCUGGACAGCCAAGGAGAGAGAGAGAGAGAGAGAGAG